AUGUUUGCUGCGAUGUCCACGUCUUUCGCCGCAUCCUUCGCGCUUCCGCCGCUGCCUGAUCUGCGAGACCUUGAGGCGCUGCAGGCGACGCACUCUGUCUCCGAUACUGCUCACUGGGCCAUCCCGGGCCUCGUGAUGCAAGGUCGCCACCCCGGCAGCGGCCGCGGCUCGACGCUGUCCCGGCUGACCGCCAUCCGUUCAGAGGGCUGCGGCACCUUUGUGUGCCUGCAGGCCGAAGUCCCGCCGCAGGAUGGCAGCACGGUGCUCGGCGGCGUCGCUGUUGAGCCGCUCCCCGGCCUGGAGCCCUACGCGGCGGACGCCGCAGCCGCCGCCCCUGAAUCGCCACUGAAGUUCGCCCACUUUGGAAUACGGGACAUGCAUCCUGCGGACGACGUCGCGGCACUGCGCAGCCUCGUCUACGAGCUGGCUCGGCGCGUUCGGACUGGCGAGGUGCUCUACGUCCACUGCUGGGGAGGCAAGGGUAGAGCCGGCCUGGUCUGCGCCUGCCUGCUCGCCUACCUCUACAACAUCGGCGCGGAGGAGGCGCUCGUCCGGACGCAGGUCUACUGCUCGCUGCGCAACCAGGGGGUCGGCGCCACGCUCCUCUCGCCCGAGACGGAGGAGCAGAAGCAGCAAGUGCGCGAAUUUGUGAGGCUGUCGCGAGCGGCCCCCGACUGUGUGGACAACCCAAACACGUGA